ACUAACCCUGAACAUCAGCUGAUCACUUCAAUUGUCAAAACAUUUGCUUUUGUUUUGUUGAGAUUUUGUCACAAUUUUAUUGAUCAUUUGAUUGAUUAUUUUAUUUUUAUCUUUUAAUUUGAUUGUUAAUCAUGGCUUCAACACCUUUGGACCUUCCACCUAUGCCUCCAGCCCUGAAGCCUUUGCUGGGAAUCCUGAAGGCAGCGAGUGACCAUGAAAAGGUUGAUCCAAUUGUCACCUAUUGGUGUCGUCUCUAUGCCUUUCAAUUGGGCCUUGAUAUCGAUAAGAAAUCUCCUGAUUGUCUUAAUUUCCUAACUACAAUCAUGGCCUGGCUGGAAAAGGAAAAGGUUGUUCAUAAAGACAAUGAAGCGAUGAGCAAUGAAUUAGUCGCUCAGGCUCAUAUUGAAAAUCAUGCGAUGAAAUUGUUCACCUUAGCUGAUUCUCAGGACAGAAGUUCCAAGGCUGGAAGGAAUACAAUUAAACUUUUUUUCACUGCAUCUCAAUUGUUUGAUACUCUUAAUGUUUUUGGUGAUACAAGUGAAGAAGUGGCUCAAAAGUCAAAAUAUGCCAAAUGGAGAGCCGCUUAUAUAACUCGAUGUAUUAAAAAUGGAGAGACUCCAUUGGCACCGGAAGAUGAAGGAAAUGGAGAUGAAGGUAAAGUUCCUGAUGAUGUCGGUGGUUCAUCUUCAAUUGCAACCACUUCGCAAGAUGGAAAACCAAAUUCACUAGACUUUCCAACUCAACCUCCUUCUAAUAUUCCUGGAAACUAUUAUAAUCAGUAUCCUGGUUACUAUCCACCUCCACCAGGAACACCCAUUCAACCACCUUACACACCACCGAGUCAACCAAAUCCUCAGGUUCCAACAAGUUCACCUUAUGUCCCACCAAGUGUACCAACAGCAACAACCAAUCAACCGACACCAACUACUGGUUCCACUCGACAAUUAGAUGCCGAUUCCCUGAUUCAGGCUCAAAAAUACUGCAAAUACGCUGGAAGUGCUUUACAAUUUGAAGAUAUUAACACCGCCGUUUCUAAUUUGGAAAAGGCUUUAGCUCUGUUGAAAACUGGUCAACAAUCGUAAUCCAAUUGUUGUGAUUAUAUUUUCAAAUCUCAUUAACUGAUUAAAACAUUUCUUUUUUCUUAAA